AUGGAUGAGUUUGAUUUGGAAACAUUCCCUUUGGAGUCGGUCACGAAGUCUCAGCUUCGGCAAUUGGGUAAAGCUCUAUGGGGCUGGAAACAAUGCAUUCACAAUGAAGAGGAGCAGUCCAAGCUCGAGAGCAUGAAGUUCGAACCCUAUUUUCGGUUCUACAGAGAGAUGACGGCGUCGUAUGUCUCUGAUGCUUUUCCGCCGGACGAGGUUCAAGCUUUGCGGUCGCACGACGAUCUGCAUGACCUUAUCCGGUUGAUCAGGUCGAAUCCAGAGGCGCAGAGAAUCAAGUUGGCGCAAGAUUACUUCUCUAAGAGGCAAAUGGGAAAGAGCACCUUGCCAGAAGAUGAGAAGCAAGCCUUCAAUCUUGCUGCCAAGGCUAUCCUCAUGGUCAGCUGCUCGUACGAAGGACAAGCUGGUGGUAUCGAAACAGCCGUCUGGAGGAACGAUCAGUCUGCGCGGGAACUUGUAUCAACCAUGUUCCCAGUCCGAGACCAUCCUGACCUCAACAACCCUGGCGAUUCCUUACCUGACAUCAAAUCAGCCUUGAAAGCAACAAGGCUUAAGAAAGUCGCUGGGCUACUGUUCCAAGGCACAGAUGACCUUCGAAACCACCUUCGGAUGGAUCUCAAAACUGGAGUCGUCGAGCUUUAUCACCAUACUGCCUUUCUGAAGGAGUGCCUCAAGGCAUCGAAGGAUACUCAUGCGGAGCCUCUCCUACCGCGGCAGCUAGCAUUAGAGACCCUAGACUCCCUUCAAAAUAUCCUUUUCCCCUUAGAUAAGGAAUCGCGGGCUUUUCUACGAUCUCUGGUAUCGAAAGCUUCCUUCGAUCCCGACUGCCUCAGUCUCGGGUACCGGCCGUAUCUCCGCGACUCAGAGAGAGAUAUUAGAUACCAUUACUGGGGUUCGCGAUUGAUGGACCUAUACGACGAACUCGAGAACCCAAGACCCCGAAGACCUAUCGAUGUCUGCCAUAGACUUCCCACCUCAGCAGAUGUAGUCAUCAUCGGAGCUGGUAUUUCUGGUGCUUUUAUUGCCCACCGACUGCUCACAGAUCAGUCACCCAAUAGACCAAAGUCCAUAUUGAUGCUCGAAGCCCGAGCCGCGGUAAGUGGCGCUACGGGUAGGAAUGGCGGACACAUCAAACCUGAUUGCUAUCGGGGGUUUACCGCAUACUCCAAGCUACAUGGCCCCGAGGUAGCUGUGGCACAAUGCACAUUCGAAGCGGUUAACCACUGCGAAACUUUGGCAUACAUCCGAGAAAAUGGCCUUGAUGAUGAGAUAGACCUCGUCGAAUAUCGGUCCGCGGAUGUGUAUUUGACGGAAAAUACCUGGAAAGCAGGGCUCGCAUCUUACAAUGGCUUCAAGGAAGCAGGCGGCGACGUCUCCGAAAUCACAGUUUUGUCUAAGGCUGAAGCCGAAGAAACGCUUCGCAUCACGAGCUGCUUUGGCGCCAUCACGUUUCCUGCUUCAAGUCUCUGGCCGUAUAAGCUGGCUAUAGCCAUGAUACGAAGGUCUCUCGAGGCUGGCCUUCAGCUUGAGACUAACACUCCAGUGCUGGAAGUUUCUCAAGCCGACGGUGGGCAUGGUGGUUGGACUGUCGCGACUAGUCGCGGCAUUGUCACUGCCAAUAAGGUGAUACACGCCACCAAUGGUUAUGCCUCUCAUUUACUGCCGGAACUUGAUGGGCGCAUCAUUCCCCUCAAAGGUCACGUUGCGGCCAUCACGCCUCCGCCUGCAUAUGUCGACUUGCCGCUGUCAACUUCUUUUGCUUUCGUAUCCGAUGAAAACUACGACUAUCUCAUACAACGUCCCGGUCCGCAGAAGUACCUGGUCUGGGGUGGAGGAGAAGGCGCACAUCCGAACGGGCCUGAAGGCGGCUACGGAGACUGCGAUGACUCCUUUGCCGUUCCCGAGGUGCUUGACUUCAUCAAAAAGGGGCCAUCUCGGACUUUCAAGUGCUGGCAGGAGUCUUUCGAAAGCCCAAGUUCCGGGGUCAAAGAUUCUGUUCCAUUUGCUUGGAGCGGCAUCAUGGGGCUCAGCAAGGACUUGUUGCCUUUCAUAGGAGAGCUGCCUGGCAAGCCUGGCCAAUACCUCAUCGGUGGCUAUCACGGUCACGGCAUGGCCCGCGUAUUCCUGUCAACAAAGGCCUUCUGCGAUCUUUUCCUUGGACAAGCAAUUGACCCGCGCGUUCCAUCGCCUUACUUUGAUCUAGAGUCUAGGCUUAGAGAGCCUGUUGACAUGUCCAAAGUGGGGGACAUCUUGUAG